AUGUCCACCAAUCCUAAGGUAGAUAAAAUCGCCAUCGCUGCACAUUUGGCCUUGUUGCCUAGUCCAGGUCCCUCAGGAAGCUCUCUCUCGACCCCCCAACCUGUCACCAUCGAGGCUUCUAUCACCACCGGCUUGAUCACCGCAGUGAUCAAGGAGUUCCGUCCGGAAUCAGCCUAUGACUUGACCAGCUACCAAUACGUUUCAAUCCCUUCGGGAUGCUUGCUAUUCCCGGGUUUGAUCGAUGCUCAUGUGCAUCUCAAUGAACCUGGCCGCACCGCAUGGGAAGGUUUUGCAACAGGGACUGAUGCGGCAGCCUCAGGGGGAGUCACAACAUUGAUCGAUAUGCCCUUAAACUCGAUUCCUCCAACCACUACAGUAGAAAAUCUCAAUAAGAAACUCGAGGCAGCGAUCAAUCAGUGUAGAGUUGAUGUAGGGUUUUGGGGCGGUGUGAUCCCUGGAAAUGAAAAUGAUUUGCUACCCCUCGUCGAGGCUGGUAUGAGGGGUUUCAAGUGCUUUUUAAUCGAUUCAGGCGUUGAGGAAUUCCCGUGUGUGACUGCGGACGAUCUACUCAAAGCGAUGCCAAAACUACAGGAGGUGGAAUCCCUUCUGCUUUUCCAUGCAGAGUUAGAUUGCCCAGCCUCACUUCACGCCCGAUCCAAUAAUGAUCAUCCGACCAACGCAAAUCACUUCAAUCUUUAUUCAACUUUCUUGGAUUCAAGACCAUCUCAGUUCGAGACAGAGGCUAUAUCACUCGUAGUCGACCUGACCAAGAAAUUUCCUAAGUUGAAAACUCACAUCGUUCAUCUCAGUGCGGCAGAAGCGCUACCGAUCAUUGUUUCAGCUAGGAGCUCAGGUCUCAAAUUAAUUUUGCGCACACAGACCUGUCUUCAUUAUUUAACUCUCUCUGAUGUAGCCAUCCCAGAUGGUCGAGCGGAGUUCAAGUGCUGCCCGCCAAUUCGCACCUUGACCAACCAAGAUAAACUUUGGCAGGGGCUUUUGGCGGAUGAGAUCGAUUACAUUGUCUCUGACCAUUCACCAUGUACGAUAGACUUAAAGGAAAACCGAACGCUCAUGGAAGCCUGGGGUGGAAUUGGGGGACUCGGUCUAGGGAUCAGCCUUAUCUGGACUGAAGGCCAAAGGCGAAAGAUUGAAAACUUGCCAGGUUGGAUCCUGAAGUGGUUUUGUGAACGUCCAGCGAAGCAGGUCAAAAUAGAUCACCUGAAGGGUAAGAUUGAAGUUGGAGCCGAAUGUGACCUUUGCAUCUUUGAUCCCAAUUCAAGUUUUGAGGUGACCACCAAUGAGGUCCAUUUCAAGAACAAGAUAUCACCCUACCUCGGUAUGCAAAUGGAUGGUCGAGUAAUCCGAACCGUUCUCAGGACUCAAACUGUAUUUGAUCUCGAAAAGUCUGGCUUUGGUGGGAUCGAGACUGAAAGAAAGGGCCGCUUACUCCUAUAA